CACUUGGCACCAGUGUUUUUGUUGAGUUCAGCCAAAGACUUGAUCUCUGAGCACACUGUGUGCUUUUGUGCUGUUAAUCAUUUGUUGUGUCACUCAGAAGUAGAAACAAAUCUGACUUCACUACCCACAACCGCCAACACUAGUUUCUCUUUUUCUUCUCCGCAGUCAAAUCCCUGCAGUUGCUGUUCACACACUCUAAUGUUUGUUUUUUCUUUUCUCUUUUUCCCCAAAAGGCAAUUUUGUCUUCCAGACCAGAGCUCUUUGAUUUCCAUGGAGUCUCAAUGACUCACUAUUUUACAGACAACUGGGAGAAUGUUCAGAACUUUCAGGCCAGACCAGAUGAUAUACUUAUUGCAACAUAUCCCAAAGCAGGAACUACAUGGGUCUCCCAGAUCCUUGACCUGCUUUAUUUUGGUCAGACGUGUCCAGAGAGGCAAAAAACCAUCCCCGUCUAUGAAAGAGUACCCUUUCUGGAGAUUGCCAUCCCAUCUUUGGAUUCAGGGAAAGACCUGGCAGACAAGCUGCCCACCACCCCUCGACUCAUUAAGACUCAUUUUCCUGUCCAGUUUGUGCCAAAGUCCUUCUGGGAGCAAAACUGCAGGAUUGUUUAUGUAGCCCGCAAUGCAAAGGACAACAUGGUGUCUUAUUUCCACUUUGAUCGCAUGAAUGGGAUUGAGCCAGAGCCUGGAGAAUGGAAUAACUACUUCCACAGAUUUUUGGAAGGACAAAUGGUGUUUGGCUCCUGGUAUGACCAUGUGAAUGGCUGGUGGAAGAAGAAACAGACUUACUCAAAUAUACAUUACAUGUUCUAUGAAGAUAUGAUUGAGGACACUGAACGGGAAAUAGACAAACUCUGCAGCUUCCUCGGUUUGUCUCGUUCAGCCGAGGAGAAGAAAAUGAUCUCAGGUGGAGUCCAGUUUGAUAACAUGAAAAAGAAUGAGAUGGCCAACUAUUCUACAGCCCCGGUUAUGGAUUUCAAGAUUUCUCCCUUCAUGAGAAAAGGGAAGGUUGGUGACUGGAAGAACCACUUCACCGUCGCUCAGAAUGAAGUUUUUGACGAAGACUACGAGAAGAAGAUGAAAGAUCCCACACUUCAGUUCCGCACUGAAAUUUGAACAGAGCCAGGCAUACAGACUGGAUAUAGUAUGCAGCUACUGCUGUGGAGUGUGUAUUACAAAGAUCAUCUAAAUAAACUGUGGCAUACAUGUGACAGAAUUAUACAGUGGAAUAAUAAACACUCCAAAUACCUUAAUUUUACGCCUACACAUUGUGCUUUUAUUGUAAAACCUGAAGAUCAAUGCACGGAAGCCAAAAGCACAGUGAGGGGCUGUAUUGUCAAUUUAUUUCUGCACUUGAGCUCAAGAUUGCAAACUUUGUUCUCGAAAGACAAAGGUUUACAAUGCUGUGAAAAAACAGAACCAGGUAGGUUUUAAGUAACAUUUUUUUUUGUAAAAUUGACUGUCUAAUUUUUUUAUUUUUUUUUGUAUUAUGAAACGUAAGUGUAACAUUUCAGGCUGAGCCAGAUGAUACGCAAAUUGCAAUAUGCCACAAAGCAGGUCAUUAAUAAAGAUGAAAAAGAAUAAA